CGCACACACGCACACACACACGACACUGGCCCAUCACUGAUCGCGCGCACGUGUGUGUGUGUGUUUAUGUCAACCACCCGACGCUUUCACGCCGACAACGAACGAUGACGACGUCGGCUGCGACGAUGCAGCGACACUCCGGACGGUCGCCGUCGUCGUCAUCGUCAUCGUCAUCAUCGUCGGCAGCACCGUGAAAACGACCGUGACGUCGGCGACGAGAUGACGUCAUCGUUACGCGCGAAAAAGGACAACAAGAGUCACGCGAAGACGUCGGCUCUGACGUCACGAUGCCUCGCCGUCGUCCUGCGUCCGCGCAAGCAGACGACGACGACGACGACGACGACGACAGCCGACCGCUCGUGGGACGGUGCCGCCACCUACCGGGAGUUCGUCGCCGCCAACUGCGAGGCGUACUGGAACGCCGAACUGGUCGCCAGCGCGACGGAGUGCGACUACCGCGGUCACGUGACGCCGUCGACGGUGUUCGUCGGCGGACCGGACGCGUGCCUGGACGCGCUGAGGAACGCGUGGGGGCGGCGCGUGCUCAAACCCCCGCCAGGUUACAACAUCAGCAGCCUAGGAGAGGUCGCUGGCAUCGACAUGCAGCUGGUGCCGCAGACGCAGUUUGUCCCCCUGGCGGAGGCCAUCUGCAUCAUCGUCGCCGAACUGAAUAGAUACGGAGGAAAGGCAACCUCCUCUGUGAUAAAGAAGCAGCUUCCGGCCAAGUUUCCGGGCAUCUCUAUACCGACGGACGAGGCUCUGUUCGCGGCGCUCAACAACCUUCUGACGGAGCAGAAGCUGUGCCGGAGCAGCGACGACGGUCAUCUUCCGAAAGCAAAUUUCUUAUAUCUUGACGAUUUAUCAUGCACAAUCGACAAAAGUGAUUGGCAGAUGGUCCCAGAAAACCAAAAGCUUCAUGCGCUGCUAAAGUGUCAGCACAGAAUGUUACCAUUGUGCCGUGUACAGUCACCAUUUCGUCUCCAACUAGAAUUUGCAUUCCAUCAUCAGAUUCCAACUGGUUAA